ACUCAGUGGAAAAAGAAAAAAAAAUUUCCUGUUAUUUGCAUACACACACAAAAAUAUAAUUUUUUUUUUUGUGUAAAUCUAUUUGUUCCCUUCUCUCUCUCAAGAAAGUGUAGCAAAAAAUUCAUUUCACGGUAAAAUUUUUUUGGUGAUAGUUCGCAAUUGGUUGCGUUUGUUUUAAAAAGAAGGAAGAAAAUUUUCCAAAUACCAAAAAAAAAAAAAAAGGAAAAUAUUAUAAGAAAUAAUAAAGCAAUUUCACCAUAAUCAAACAAUAGCUACACUAAAUUAAAGUGUAACAAACAAAUAAUAAAAUUAAAUGGCUGAAGUUGCUAAUUUGCCAUCGCAGGCGCCACCAACUUCAACGGAGCAUUCUGCGGCUUCGGUUGUAGCUGUAGCUUCUGCUGCUCUCCCUGCUGAUAUACCAAAUAAUGAAAAUCUUAAAAAUGAGAUAAAUGAUUUAUCAUCGGCCGCUCAAUUGGGAACUUCGCCCAAUCAGGAAAAAUCGAGUAACUCUCAUCACCAUGAUUCGGAAUAUGAUACAGCUAGUGAUCUUGAAGGUGGCACUCACGACGAUUAUGAGGAUGACGAUGAUAAUGACGAAGAAGGCGACGAAGAAGAUGAUGACGAUGAUGAUAGUGUUGAAGAAGUCGGAAAUAGUGACACCGAUAGUGUUGAAUUUGAUGCUGAAAGACAACGUGGCGAUGGCCAAGAGCAGGCAGACUAUACGAAGAAAGUAGAUGAGGAUCGAAGCAAUCCACAGUAUAUUCCAAAGAAAGGAACCUUCUACGAGCACGAUGAUCGUACUGCUGAUGAACCGGAGGUCCAAGCCUCUCAAGUAACUGAGACAAGUGAAGCUGGAGGAGAAAAUAAGUCUGCUUCACCGACUACAAUUUCUCAGGCUUCAAAGACUAUGAAAAAAUGGCAACCUGCUUCAGGAGUUGAUCGUUGGUCUCAUGAUCGUUUUGUUGCUGGUGAACAAGCACCUAAAUCUCGAACUGAACUUGUAUCUGCUUAUGGAUACGAUAUAAGGGAUGAAGAUGGUCCGCCACGAGCACGUAGGCGCCGUCGAUAUGCCCGUGGUCCGAGUAAGUACUCUAGAAAUUGGGAAGAUGAAACAGCCUACAUCAAGGCUAGCAAUGCCCAAAGAAAGCCACCACGGCCCGAAGACUUUCCGGCCUUGGAAGAAAGACAAAAAGCCCGAAAAUCUCGUAGUUAUCGUGAUGAAAAAGAAAAUCGUUUCGAUCGCCAACAAACCGAUCGAAACCGAGUUGCGGCUGCAGGAGGCGGAGGUGGCGGCGGCGGCGGACAGCAAAUACCCAAUCGCGAAAAUAAAGAACCAAUUAGACGAAGCACGGGUAACCCAAAGCAUGUUCGUUCAGGCGGUCGACAACAUGGUAUGGAAUUUAAGAACAAGAAUCGUUCCAACAAUUCUGGCCAUAUGAACUCAAAUCGUGGUAAUAAUAACAUUGACCGAGAUGGAGUCAAUAUAACUCGAUCAAUUGUCAAUAAUCAAGCUAUUGAACAAUCGUCCAUUGUAGAGUCAUCGAAUUUCCAAAAAAUAUCCUCGAAUCCAAAUAACAAAUCUAUGAAUAUGCAACAAACAGUCAAAGUUAUUAAUCAGCAGCCAUUUAAUGGUUAUGAGCAGCAACAAGGCCAAGCCAUGCAUAAGUCUCAACAGCAACAAGUCAAUAAUGCUAGUGCGAGUGGAUAUAAUCCACGAGAUAUAAAUGACAAAUUUACAAACAAUCAUAGUAAUCAGAGUCCCAGGCCGGUGACGGCUCCAACCUCGAACUUGUCUGCUCGUUUGCAACAAGCUCAGAAUCGCAACGAUCCCAGUCAUGUUGGUAGUGUUCAAAUGCAUACAUUGGCCAAUCAACACAGUCCACAAGUUCCAAACCAGAAUGUUAUGCAAAAUGCUAUGGUUGAAAUUCAGCACCAACAACAGCAGCAACAACAACAAAUGCAACAGGUUGUAAAUCAACAAGAACAAGCUCGAUCAAAGAGAUAUUCCAGUCUAAGACAGAGAACGCAACAUGAUACUGCCGGAUCCGUGCCUAGCAAUCCACACUUGGAUCAGCAUACUCUUCAGCAGUUGCAAAUGCAACACGAAGUGCAGCAACAGCAGCAGCAGCAGCAACAUCAACAACAAAUAUCAUCGAACGUCCAUCCACCACCACAGCAAUUGAUGAUGCAAGAGCAACAAUUGAUACAAGCUAACUUGAUGCAGCUUUAUCAUCAAGAGAAUCUUCAAGCUCAGAUGCAAGCUCUACAAGUAUCUAGCUUGCCUCCGGCAGCUGCUCCACAGCCACCAGCUGCUCCUAAACAGCCUUAUGCUACACUCCCUCAGCAGUACGCUGCUGGAUCUUCUGGGCCACCAGCUGCCACAUAUUACGCGGCAUCAACGCCUGAUUACAGCACGCCACCACCAGCAGCUGUUCCACCCCAACAACUACAAUACACACCGCAACCUACUGCAUUUAUGCAGUCUCAGUCCGCAGCAGCUCCACUUGCCUUUAAUCCGACCGCAACGCAACAGCCGAUCAGCCAGAACGCCAUGGCACCUCCAAUAGCCGCUUCUGCCCCAGCUCAGGUACCCCCAGGCAGUGUCAACUAUGUCCAAGCGGCUCCUCCAAAUCCGGCGACCGCACCUUCAGCUGCUUAUCCGAACUAUACCAAUUACACCCCCAACUUCAAUACAGUUGGGGGUACAACAUACUUCGUUCCUACACCGCAGCCGACAGCUCGUCCAACAGCUCUGCCACAAAGAAGACCCACAAAUGCUAUACCAAUUCUACCGCCAUCCGAAAAGAAGCGAACCGGAGAGACUAAGCAAGAAGAAGACUCAAAAACAAACAGUUCAACUGCAUCUGCUACAUCAGCAAAUGCUCCAAUUGGAAGUGCUGAGAACAUUGAUCAUAUUUUGGACAACAUGUUUGUACAGCGAGCGCCAUACCAACCUCAAACUCGCAAGAGUGCUUCUCCACCCAGUGAUGACCCGAACAAAGGUUCCAACACCAACUCCACAACAGCAGCAGCUGCCGCAGGUGUAGCCGAUCCGUCCUCUGUUGGUAAAUCCCGGACACAUGAAUCAUCUGCUGUAGAAUGCAUCUCUGUUGGACAAUGAAUCGUCAUCAACUUCUAAACAAUCAUCAGCAGUGCCAGAUGCCAAUACUCAGAAUAUGGUUGUAAUGGGCUCAGUUACAAGUAAUUCCGAAUCUGGUGCUGGCCUUGCUGAAACUCAUCCCAUGUACGGCGGCGGCGCCGGUGAAUCUAUUGGAAAGCAGUCAGCCAUUGUACCGCCGCAGUAGGAGUUAAUUAUUAUGAAACGUUUUUGUUUGGAUUAUUUCAACAACAAUCAUGGUUAACAUUUUUGAUAUAUUUCUUUUUUUCUCUUUGUUUUCGUUUUCCACUCCUAUACACCAUCCCUCCCUAUUUGCUAUUUAUAGUUUGAAUUCUUUGGACUAGUAUUUUAUUGUUGAAUUUUAGAGCAAACUAUAAAGCAAAAUCAUUUAAAUGCGUUAAGCAUGUAAAAAUCAUGCAAUAACUAUUAUUUUAUUUUUUUUUUAUAUUUAAAAAUUGAACAAAAAAAAAACAAAAAAUUAUAAAUAUAUAUAUGAAUUAUAGAAUUUAGGAACAUAUUAUAAUAUAACUGUUUAAUAUACAAUUUUAAACAAGAAAAAACUUUUAAAUCUUUGAAGAAAAAAAAAACACAUAAAUCAUGAAAAUAUGUAAUAACAAAAAAUACUUAUUAGAAUUUUAAAUAGAAAUUAGAUACAAAUUAUGUAUUUAACAAAAAACAAAAAAAAAAACGAAUGAAAAAAAAAAUUGGAUAUUUGCGAAAAAGCAUUUAAUGUUAUCAUCUAUUCUUUUUUUUUAAUUUUAAAAUAUAAUUUAUUUUUAUCAUGGAAUAAAAUAAAAACUGAA